GUGGGUCGGCGUUUCAGUCUUGGUUGCCCGUCGCGUGAGAUCGCCCGUAUAUUUUCAAAAUAAAUAUAAAAAUCGUCCUUAAAUAUACAUAAACAUGGCUAAAAGUGGAGUGUUGCUCGUAGGCAUUGUUGCCCUACUCGCUGUUAUUGAUAUCGGAUCGUGUCUUCAAUGCUACCAAUGCAACUCUGAGUCGGACCCAAAAUGCAAAGAUCCUUUCUCAUCAGCAAAAAGCUUGGUGGACUGUACCACCCAGGACUCGAUCAACUACAAUCGUCAGUACUUGAGAGAAAUUUUGCCACGAGAGCUCGUAGAAGGAGUCGUCGGUGCACCAAGAUACUGCCAUAAGAUUAUCAUGCAAAAUGGAGCAACUGUUCGUACUUGUUUGGACGCCAAUCCGACCGACUUGAACCACUCCUGCCGCCUCUUCGACAACCAGGCAUCACAAAUGCCAGCGGACCCUAGCAAGCGGAUUAAGUAUUGCAGCGUGUGCGACAAGGACAGGUGUAAUGGUGCUGGAUCUAUUGCCGUCUCGAUGCCGCUAGCAAUCUUUGCUCUCAUUUCGUCAUAUCUCUACACCAAACAAUAAUAUCGACAAACAUAAACGAAAAACGGUCAGCUUCUAUAAACGCUUUCCGCUUUGAAACCUUUCAAAUUUGUGGUUGAAAAAACACAUACAAUCGAAAACAAUUACAAAAUUAUUUUAAUAAUAGUGACGGAGUUCUUAAUGAGGUAUUUCUUAUUCAUAUUGCUAUACUUUUAACUUUGUUUUUUAAUCAAGCGAAAUCAAAAACAUGAAAUAUAGUUAUGCUUUAAUUUAUGAAUAAAAUUAAAUUUGAAAACGAAUUAAAUACAUAGUAUUAUUCUACUUUAGUUAUUUUAUCCAAUAUUGAUAGAACAUAAACUAAUUUAGUAAUUGUUACGAUAGAAUUUAAAAUAAAAAUGGUACGGAAAAAAUGUCGCCUGUUAUGGGUUCAUUUGAUUUUUCUUUUUGAAAAUUUUUGUUAGUGUUGCAUGUAAUAUUAAUGUUAUAUAUAAAAUUUAGUGCCAAAUCGGCUUCUUUAAUAUUAAACAAAAUUGCCUUGUUUCUACGUAACCCGUCCAAAGUAGUUUUGUUUUACUUUUUAAAAUGAAUUGAAUAUAUUCCGUAAUCAAUUCAUAUUUUUUUAUAAUUAACUAGUAUUAUAUAUUAUCGUAUUCUGUUAAUCAUUGUCUUUAUUAAAGAAUCAGGUACAAAUACAUUAUGAUAGCAUUUUGUCCGAAAAAUAAAUAUAACUUUAGCUACUUAGUACCUAUCUGUUGGAUAUUUUGUAUAUUUAUUAACAGCCCAUCAAAACAAAUUUUAAUAAAUCAGAAAAUAUGUAUAUUUGGGCAAAUAGUACGCACUACAUAUAUUUAAGAAUAAAUUUUAGUUUGCAUUAUAUAUAAGCAAUUAUAUUAGGCACAAUGAAAUAUUCAUUUAAAAAAAGUUUUAAAAAUUAUAGAUUAAGCAUUUAUGUAUACACAUAAAUUGUGUUGACCGUCCCUUUAAGACGAUAUUGUGU